AUGAGCGUUAAUCUCAUUCAAUUCAAAGUUGUAGGCGAUGUUCAGGGCGUUAAUUUCAGAUCAUAUACUCAGAAAGAAGCUCAAAAAUUAGGCUUGAAAGGACACGUGUACAACCACGAUGAUUCUAGUGUUCAAGGAGUCGCCGUUGGUCCAGAGGACAAAAUCAAACAAUUUCGAUCGUUCCUUGAAAGUGGUCCGUCCGCAGCUGAAGUUCAUAAAGUUGAUCUGAUAAAAGAUACCAAAAAUCCAAGUGAUGAUGAGAUCCAAAACGCCACUGGUGGAUCAGAUGGAUUUGAGGUCAGAAGAUAG